AUGGUGGAUGAGGCCCAUGAGAGAACACUCUCUACUGAUAUUCUAUUUGCAUUAGUAAAGGAUAUUGCUCGAUUUCGACCCAGUUUUAAGCUGCUUAUCUCGAGUGCAACACUUGAUGCUGUGAAGUUCAGUAAUUAUUUUGAUUAUGCCCCAAUUUUCAACAUUCCAGGGAGGCGGUUUCCUGUUGAUAUAUACCACACAAAAGCACCAGAAGCUGAUUACUUAGAUGCUGCAAUUGCUGCUGCAAUUCAAAUCCAUGUCAGGGAACCACCUGGAGACAUAUUGGUCUUCCUCACAGGUCAAGAAGAUAUAGAAACAGCAAGCGAAACAUUAAAGUACAGGACAAGUGGUCUCGGGAGAAAUAUAUCAGAGCUGAUUAUCUGUCCCAUAUAUGCAAACCUGCCUACUGAGCAGCAAGCAAAAAUUUUUGAGCCCACACCUGAAGGGGCUAGAAAGGUUGUCCUUGCCACAAACAUAGCUGAAACUUCUCUGACUAUUGAUGGGAUCAAAUAUGUCAUCGACUGUGGCUAUUGCAAGAUGAAGUCCUAUAAUCCAAGGACUGGAAUGGAGUCAUUGCAAGUCACUCCCAUCUCAAAGGCAUCAGCAAGGCAGAGGGCAGGUCGAUCUGGUCGAACAGGCCCUGGUAAGUGUUUCCGGUUAUAUACUGUUGACAGUUAUAUUCAUGAAUUAGAUGAUACCACAAUACCUGAAAUACUAAGGACUAACCUGGCAAAUGUUGUUCUUAGGCUUAAGAGCCUUGGUAUCCAUGACUUGAUACAUUUUGAUUUUAUGGAUCCGCCACCAUCGGAAGCAUUACUAAAAGCCCUUGAACUGUUAUUUGCUUUAUCUGCAUUGAAUAAAAUGGGAGAGUUGACUAAAGUUGGUAGGCGGAUGGCAGAGUUUCCACUUGAUCCAAUGCUAUCUAAGAUGGUAGUUGCUUCUGACAGGUACAAUUGCUCAAACGAGAUCAUUUCUAUUGCUGCCAUGCUUUCUGUCGGUAAUUCAAUCUUUUAUCGUCCAAAGGACAAACAAGUCUAUGCUGACAAUGCAAGACGGACUUUUCACACUGGGGACACAGGAGAUCACAUUGCCUUGCUUAAUGUUUACAAUACAUGGACCGAAACAAACUACUCAAGUCAAUGGUCUUACGAAAACUAUAUAAAUGCUAGGAGCAUGAAAAGAGCAAGAGAUAUCAGGGAUCAACUUAAGAGACUCUUGGAGAGGGUCGAGAUUGAGCUAACCUCAAAUCUUGACGAUUUAGAGUCUAUAAAGAAGGCCAUUACAUCAGGUUUCUUCCCUCAUUGUGCAAGGCUGCGAAAGAAUGGAUCUUAUAAAAUAGUCAAACAUCAACAGGUUGCCUCCAUACACCCCAGCUCAGGCUUGUCACAGGAGUUUCCGACAUGGGUUUUAUACCAUGAACUGGUGCUUACAUCCAAGGAAUACAUGAGACAGGUAACAGAGUUGAAGCCCGAGUGGUUGCUGGAAAUAGCUCCACAUUAUUACCAACUAAAGGAUGUCGAUGCUGCUUUGACCUUCAAGAAAACGUCUAAUGGCAAUGUAGUAUGAAUUCUAUAUAAUGUAUUGAUCUAUUGCAAUUAUUAUGAAUUCUUGUGUAUUCUUAAUUAUAUAGAUGAAUAAAAACACACUUUUCAAUAGUUUAUAGUA